AUUUGUAAAUUUUGAAUGCUUCCGCCUCCGGCAAACUGACGUUGGUAGCUACCCUUCGCCGGAAUUUCUAAUAUCUCAAGCAAGAACAGAAGAGUAGGAAUAAAUGGCCGCUGCUCUCAGUAUGGCUAGUCCACUGACAGCCGCAGUGCUCCCUUCCCAAGGGCUUCGUGGGUCAGCUCGUGGCUUUCUAUGGAGAAAGACCCAGAUAAACGUAAAUCGUUUGCAGCAGAGGCAGUUCUCGAGGAAGGCCGGUUCUAAUGUAAUUACUGCAAAAUUUGAGCUGAAUCCUCCACCUUAUCCUCUGAAUGCAUUGGAACCACAUAUGAGCAGAGAAACCUUUGAGUACCAUUGGGGAAAGCACCAUAGAACUUAUGUUGAGAACCUAAACAAGCAAAUUUCAGGAACAGAGUUGGAUGGAAUGCCCUUGGAAGAUAUCAUCAUUGCUACAUACAACAAGGGCGAUAUACUUCCUGCUUUUAACAAUGCUGCACAGGCAUGGAACCAUGAAUUCUUUUGGGAUUCAAUGAAACCAGGUGGUGGAGGAAAGCCAUCUGGAGAUCUUCUAGAUAUGAUUGAAAGAGAUUUUGGUUCUUUUGAAAAAUUUGCGGAAGAAUUCAAGUCUACAGCAGCUACACAGUUUGGCUCUGGCUGGGCUUGGCUUGCAUACAAAGCAAAUAGACUUGAUGUGGACAAUGCAGUAAAUCCACUAGCUUCUGAGAAGGACAAAAGGCUUGUGAUAGUGAAAAGUCCAAAUGCUGUAAAUCCCCUUGUUUGGGAUUACUUUCCACUCCUUACCAUUGAUGUCUGGGAGCAUGCAUAUUACCUUGACUUUCAGAACCGACGACCAGAUUACAUAUCAACAUUCAUGGAGAAGCUUGUGUCAUGGGAUGCAGUCAGUUUAAGACUUGAGAAAGCAAAGGCUCUAGCCGCUGAGAGAGAAGAAGAAGAACAGAGAAAGAAAAAGGAGGAAGAAGAGGAGAAACUAUCUGAGGGUGAUAAUGUGGAGAUGUACUUGGACAGUGACUCUGAUGAUUCUGAGGCUGACUAAAUUUAAAUUAUCAGUAGAAGAAACGUUGUGAGAUAUUCCCCUACCGAUUGCAACUUUGGAAUUUUGAGGUAGGAGGAUAGUUGAGCGGCAAAGAGGAAACCUUUUUGGCAUCCAUAUACCUGCAUUGUUUUCUCAUAGAUUGAUCUGUUGUAUCGGUGCCAAAGUAAGAAAUAAUGCAGUCAGUUGUUUUUUGUUGAAUCAAUGCCUUCUACUGUUUCUUCCAGGAAACGCAUCAGUUGUUCACCAAAGACACGGAAAUGUGUCAAUGAACUUAUAUCAUUUUG